GAUCUAUCUCCGGUCAGGGUGGAGUUUGGUAUAAAAGUAGCAGGGCGCAAUCAGACCGAUAUCAUUCACAGUUCAGAACUCGUCGUCGAGCGUUAGAAUCAAUCGCAAAAACAACAACCCCAAAUACUAAAAAAUGGCUUUCUUCAAAACCCUUGUCUGCGUGGCUUUCCUCGGAGUGGCUGCCGCUGGUGUCGUCCCAUUGGCCACUGAAUACAAGGGAGAUUACUACUCUCACCCACAAUACUCCUUCAACUAUGGAGUCCAUGAUGGUCUGACCGGAGAUGUGAAAUCCCAGGUCGAGAGCCGUGAUGGAGAUGUUGUGAAGGGACAGUACUCCCUGGUCGAACCUGACGGUUCCGUCCGCACCGUCGACUACACCGCCGAUGAUGUUAACGGAUUCAACGCUGUCGUCACCAAAUCUGGCCCAUCGGUCCAUGCUGCUCCAGCCGUCGUUGCCCAUGCUGCCCCAGCCGUUGUUAAGACCGUUGCCGCCCCAGUUGCUUAUGCCGCUCCAGCUGUCGUUAAGACCGUCGCUGCCCCAGCUGUCUACUCGCACGCUGCCCCAGCUGUCUACUCCCAUGCUGCUGCUCCAGCUGUCUACGCUCAUGCUGCCCCAGUGGCCUACGCCCAUGCCCCAACUGUCGUGAAGACCGUUGCUGCCCCAGCCGUCUACUCGCACGCUGCCCCAGUUGCCUAUGCUCAUGCCCCAUCCGUCUACGCCGCUCAUGCCCCAGCUGUCUACGGACACGCUUACGCCCCAGCCCACGCCGCUGUCCACUACCACUAAAUAUCGCCAUUGACAAAAUCCGUCAAACCUCAUCCCACAACGCAAGUCGCCCUUAGAGCUGCUAUUCCCCGCCCACGAACUGCCAAAUAUUAUUUAUUUCCUACCAUCCUCGAAUCUGUUGCCUCACUCCUGAACGUCUACACCCCUCUCUCUUAUCACACCGGCCAGAAUAGCAACUUUACGAGCGGCGGCAACCUUCGCAUCAAUGGACAACGACACAAAACUCUAUCUUGAAUUGUACGUAUAAAGUGUGCAACAACGGAAGGAAGACGGGUGAUCAAACGGAAAGAUCUAACGCUGCCACCGGUUCUGCAACGUGACUGUACUUUUCUCUGGCAUCGCUCAUCUGAAUUCCCGUUUCCACAAUCCGGGCGUCGGAGUGUGGAAUCACACGUUGCGACGUGCAACUUUGUUUUAAUAUAUAGAUUUCCCCGAUCGGGCUUCGGCCCUGGUCGGAAUGAAGAUGCAUCCGUACGCGAAUAGCAAUACAAACUCGAACAAUACUCAUAUGUACACAUUCAAUUGAGAUGUUUUAUGUUCCAUUUGUUACGACGUGAAACGACUAAACCUGAACGUGAUGGAACGAAUUUGUACAGAGACAUGAUACGCUGAUGAUGAUAUUAAUUAGGUUAAUAAAAGUAAUCGUUAAAAUCAAUGAAA